UAAAAGAGUACAUAUGUAACACAAGGAGUAGUGUGCUUCUGCAACAAAAGAACAAGAGUUGAGCAAGCUAAGCGUGGAGUCCAGGUUUCCUUCAUCUACUUCGCCACGUAGCAACACACAGUCUCUCUCCCUUUGCCACGCUACUCAUUUUCCACUCUCUUCUUCAACCUUCUUUCUUCUUCUUCUUUUCUUCUUCUUCUUCCUCCCUCUCGCUUCCUUCUAAUCCUCUCACUCUUUCUCUUCCUCUGCAAAACUGUUUCUGAGGAGCAAUCUAGUGAUGGGGGAGUUGGGGUCUUUCACUGCAGCAGCAGAACCAAACACUCUCCAUCAUCAAAACAGCGAAACCGAUGAUCAGAAUCUGGAACUAGACAUAUACCCUUUGAACUGUUACUAUUUUGGUUCCAAACAUGCCAUUCCCUCCAAACCACACUCUUCACCUCAUCAUCUUCAAAGGGUCAAAUCAAACUAUGCUGCUCGUGGAAUGCGAACUUGUGUGGAAGCUGUGAUACUGGUUGAGUUGUUCAAACCCCAUUUGCUGGUGUUGCAAGUGAGGAACUCCAUCUACCAACUUCCUGGUGGUCGUUUAAGACCAGGUGAAUCAGAUAUUGAUGGAUUGAAGCGUAAGCUAGCAAGGAAGCUCUCCCUUAGUGAAGAAGGGGAUGGGGCAGAAUGGGAGGUGGGUGAAUGCCUUGGAACGUGGUGGAGACCUGAUUUUGAAACAUUAAUGUAUCCCUUCUUGCCACCUAAUGCAAAACAGCCAAAGGAGUGUACAAAACUUUUCCUUGUAAGGCUGCCAGAGAGUCGAAAGUUCAUGGUACCAAAGAACCUGAGGUUGCUUUCAGUCCCUUUGUGCCAAAUUCAUGAAAAUCACAAGACAUAUGGGCCAAUUAUAUCAGGGGUUCCUCAGCUGCUCUCAAAAUUCUCUUUCAAUAUGAUUGAAUCUUAAUACUUCUGUUUCAAAAAAUCUUAAUACUUCACUACAAAGCAACUUGUCUAUCAUGCAGAGUGAGAGUGAAGCGAUCUCAUUAGGCAGCUGGUUCUGCUCUUCAUGCACUUUCUGGAUAGGGUCUUGUACAUAUCAUCAUAGCUUAGUAUACAAAAAUGAGACUGUAAUGUUUAAAACAACAAUAUGUAUCUUACUUCAUGCUUAGUGUGAAAAUUUCUACAGAGUA